AUGCUGGGAGAGACUUUUUUACAGGUGUUUGGCUACGGAGAGGAUGAUGAUGACACAUCUUCAUCACGGCUGAGCGGCAGCAGCAGCCGGCACUCUUCUUGCUCCGCUCCGGACGCGCGCUUUCCGUCAGCGGUGAGAGAAUCAGCCAAGAUCCACGGAUCCGUUAUGGUCCAGAGAGUGGAGUCUAGUGCGGUACCUCGCCAAAGUCAAGACUUGCAGCUCUCCAGCUUUGAGAUGACUCAGAACCAGGGCCAGGCGUGGUCCCCCUCUCAGCACCGCAGUGGCUGCUACAACGACCUGCAGAUGAGGAAGAAUGCCUCGGAACUGCUUUCCCUGCACCUGAACCCUGAGGACAUCCAGUUUGGUCUGACCCAAGACACACAGGACUCAGCGCCCCAGCAGCUAAGGCUGGUACCUCCUGGGUCUGGGGCCCUGCAUGACGACGGCUACAUGGUGAUGGACAGCAGCAUCACGCCGCUCGGUGAGCCGAUGACCAACUCCAUGCUUAAUGUUUACCUGGACCGGAAACUGCAGGAGGUGUACAGUCAGUACCUGCAGGAGCAGCUGGCGUGUGCGGAUUCUUCCCCGGGCUGCAGCCUGCUGCCUCCACUCCCUCAGCCCAGCCCAAAGCAGCGCAGUCAGAUGCUGGGCCUGGAGCUGGGCCUGGAGCCAGACACGUCACACAGCAUCAUCAGCUACUUAAACACCCAGCGAGGGUCUAGCCGACCAGAGAGCUCUCACUUCAGCUCCCCUGUCCUACGGAUCUCAAACGCAGAGCAGUCGAAGAGCUCAGGGGAACACAGAGAACACGUCAAUCACUCCAUCAGUCUAUCCACUGCGCUGACCUCCAGUCAGGACCCCUUACAUCCACAGCUGAACCGCAGCGAUACGAUUCCCAGUGGGGAUCAUGCCCGAGCUGUGCGCCCGGUGCCUUUACACAUCUUCGACGUGGACUACCACCACGUCCAGGCUCCAUUUGAGAUUGUGCUCUGGAUCAUGCUGGCGUCGCUGGCUAAACUGGGGUUUAAUUGGUCCGGGCGGAUCCCGGCCCUGGUCCCCGAGAGCUGCCUGCUCAUCAUGGUGGGCUUGCUUGUGGGCGGGGUCAUCUAUGGUGUUCGCCAUACGGCCCCGCCCGUUUUGAGUGCCGACGCCUUCUUCCUGUAUCUCCUCCCACCCAUCGUGCUGGACGCGGGGUACUUCCUUCCGGGCCGGCUGUUCUUUGAGAACCUGGGCACUAUCCUGUGGUACGCGGUGUUCGGUACGGUCUGGAACGUCCUGGGCAUCGGCGUCUCGCUGUAUGGACUGUGCCAGGUGAGCAGCUGGGGUUUGGAGGAGAUGAGUCUCCUCCACUGUCUCCUGUUCGGCAGCCUCAUCGCCGCCGUGGAUCCCGUUGCCGUGCUCUCCGUGUUCGAGGAGAUCCAAGUCAACGAGCAACUUCACAUCCUGGUGUUUGGAGAAUCGCUGCUCAACGAUGCUGUCACAGUGGUCCUUUAUAAGCUGUUUGAGUCCUUCCUGCGUCUGCCCGCCGUGUCCGGCGUGGAUGUGCUGGCCGCCGCUGGUCAGUUUGUGCUGGUUGGUGUGGGGGGGCUUUGUGUGGGCCUGUUUUUCGGACUGGUGGCGGCUCUGACCACGCGUUUCACCGCCCGGGCUCAGGUCAUCGCGCCUCUGUUUGUCUUCUUGUACAGCUACCUGUCCUACCUCACCUCAGAGAUGCUGCACUUUUCAGGAAUUAUGGCUAUUGUAACCUGCGCGGUGUCAAUGAAGCAGUAUGUGGAAUCUAAUGUCUCAGAGAAGUCUAACACCACCAUCAAAUACUUCCUGAAGAUGUGGAGCAGUGUGAGUGAGACACUCAUCUUCAUCUUCCUGGGCGUUUCCACCAUCCAGACCAUCCACAUGUGGAGCUGGGCCUUCGUCACCUCCACUCUCCUCCUCUGCCUCCUCUGGAGAGCCCUGGGUGUGCUUCUUCUCACUGCGGUAGUGAACAAAGUCCGGCGGAAUAUUGUCACAUUCAGGGACCAGUUCAUCAUUGCCUAUGGUGGCCUGCGGGGGGCGAUCUGUUUCUCUCUGGCCUACCUUAUCGAUGACUUCCCUAAGAAGAGACUUUUCAUCACUACCACUAUUGUGGUUAUACUCUUCACUGUGUUUGUGCAGGGUAUGACCAUCAAACCACUGGUGGAAUUGUUAGAUGUCAAGAGGAAGAAAAGAGCUUUGCCCACUGUCAGUGAGGAGAUUCACAGCCGUCUCCUGGACCAUUUGCUGGCAGGGAUGGAGGAUGUGAUUGGCUACUGGGGACAGCACUACUGGAAGGACAAAUUUGAGCAGUUCAAUAAUAAGUAUCUAAAGAAGUUUCUGAUUCGUGAGGACAAACAGCCCAAGUCGAGCAUCGUGCUGCUCUAUCAGGAACUGGAACGCAGAGAACAGAAUGGAGAGGAGGAUUCUGGGAGAAGAGAAAGAGGGAGAACUUUAUCGGAGGAGAGUCAGGGCCAGAGCAGGACUUUACUGCCUGAGGAGAUGGACAGCAUCCGAAGGAUCCUAACCACCAACCUGCACAACUUCAACAGUAAGCACAUCACUGCCUACAGCAGACACACCCUUCACCAGGACUUCACGGUGGACCGUAAUGGGAAGAGCUGCCUGGGCCGUCAGCCAGGCCUGGGGGAGAGAUGUCUGGGCAGCAUACAGACACCCAGUGGACAGCCCCGCCUUCUCGCAGUCCCACCCUCUCACAGGCCCGCCCUCUCACAGCCCCGCCUUCUCAUAGCCUCGCCCUCUCACAGCCCUGCCCUCUCACAGCCCCGCCUUCUCACAGCCCUGCCCUCUCACAGCCCCGCCUUCUCACAGCCUCGCCUUCUCACAGUCCCGCCCUCUCACAGCCCCGCCUUCUCACAGUCCCACCCUCUCACAGCCCCGCCCUCUCACAGCCCCACCUUCUCACAGCCUCGCCUUCUCACAGUCCCGCCCUCUCACAGCCCCGCCUUCUCACAGUCCCACCCUCUCACAGCCCCACCUUCUCACAGCCCCGCCUUCUUGUGGCCCCGCCCUCUCACACACCUGCCCUCUAACAGCUUCUGUGCUUUAACAGCCCCGCCCUCUAACAGCCCCGCCUUCUCACAGCCCUGCCUUCUCGCAGUCCCACCCUCUCACAGCCCCGCCCCCUAA